CUGACCCAACGGACCCAGCGGACCCGGCGGACCCGGCGGACCUGGCGGACCCGGCGGACCCGGCGGGCCCGGCGGACCCGGCGGCCCCGGCGGACCCGGCGGACCCGGCGGACCCGGGCGGCGGCCCCGGCGGACCCGCGGACCCGGCGGACGGACCAGCGGACCCGGCGGACCGGACCCGCGGACCGGCGGACCCGGCGGACCCGGCGGACCCGGCGGCGGACGUCAAGCGUCUGCAGCGGACGCAGCUGACCCAACGGCCCGUCGGACCCGGCGCCCCGGCGGACCCGGGGACCGCGGACCCAGCGGACCCGGCGGACCCAGCGGACCCGGCGGACCCGGCGGACCCGGCGGACCCGGCGGACCCGGCGGCGGAC